GAAUGCGACAGCAUGCAACAGUAUCACUAGCCCCGUUGCCCCGCAUAUCCAUCUAAUGGCUUGUUUGCCUAUCGAACUACCGCAGUAAUCUGAAUCCUACAUCGCUCACCUCCCUUGGAGCUCCUUUCUUCCCAUCUUAGACUCUCCUACUUAGUCGUGAUAAUGGACUCUCCCGUGUCGCCUGACCAUCAGAAAACAAAGCGCACACAGCGCCGCAAGCGAUCAACUCGGGCUUGUCUGUCUUGCAGGUUCCGAAAGGUUCGCUGUGAUGUCUCGAUACGGGGCCAGCCCUGCACCAAUUGCCACCUCGACUGUAAGAACUGUCUGGUAGUUGGGCGCGCUUCCAGGCUAAAUCAUCAGGUACCGAGAAAUGAGACAAGUUGGUCGUCUCAGGAUGACUAUCAGGGGGAUGACCGGCAGCUGUCGGAGCAACUGGAAGACGACGAGGUCAAUGAAAACAAUAACGCCAAUGACCCUGAACCCGCUCCUACAGGCACUGAGGCACUCGAUGACCACCCCGGGUUAUCAUUUCAUACACCCAGUCUCGACCCUGGGAUGCUGACGUUCGGCGAUACUAUCAACGACACGGCAUUCUUUGAAAAUCGCGUCGGCGACAGCGAGACAGAAACCGCAGAGAUACACUCGACGUCAUCUAGAUAUGAUGAUGGUCCACCCGUCAGAGAAACAAGCUCGUCAGAACAAGGAUCUACGCAUAGUCAUAGGAUGACGGCCCCUAACAUUCCAUCUGCCCAGCCCGGGGCGCCGAGGACCAGCACUAAUACUACGGUGCUCUUCCUUCACUACCCGUAUCUGAAGGUCAACAACAUUCACACGAUUGCUCAACAAGAUCUCAACUACAUGGAAGCUCAAGGAUGUUUACACGUCCCAAGUCGACCAAUACUCGACAACUUUGUGGAGCAGUACUUCAGACACCAACAUCCUCUACUUCCACUUCUGAAUGAAGGUGACUUUUGGGAAAUGUAUUCUCUGAAGGAGUCUACAGGUCCUCAGGCCACCAUGUCACUCCUGGUGUUUCAGGCUAUGCUUUUUGCUAGUUGUAACUUCGUAUCUCUUCAUAUCAUCAAGCAACUUGGUUUCUCGAGUCUUAGAACUGCCCGAGCAGAAUUCUAUAGGCGGACAAAGCUGUUGUACGAUCUAGGAUCGGAAACUUCGUCCCUCCCUCUGGCACAAGCAGCCAUUCUCAUGAUGGGCUGGGUACCACCUUCAAACACGACCCUAAACCCUUAUAAGGCAUGGUUGAGCUUAGCCAUUCAGCACGCCAGAAGUAUCAACGCGGAUCGAUACACGGAGAUGCCGGAGCUAAUAGAGAUGACAUCUUCAAAACAACGGAAGUACCAAAAUUCUCUUCACCGCUUAUGGUGGUGUUGCGUCAUCAUGGACCGCAUCUCACCGCUCUGCACGCGCUUUAGUCUCCAUAUCACCCACGACCGUUUCGACUUCAAGAACACGAUCCCUUUAGGGGCGGAACAUCUCCAGGACGACAUAUAUCGGUCAAGCGUAUUCACUCCAGCUACCAAACGGCGCCAAAUUGGCAUUUUCUCAAAGUUCCUUGAACUCAUGAUCCUUUUGACUGAUGUGCUUACCCUGACGUACCCAUUCGAGGAUUCCGUAAAGUCCAAGUCGCGAUUCCUCGAGCACGAAGACCUCGCCUUUGAGAAGUGCGAGGCCUCUUUGAAAGCCUGGUAUGUGAGGGUCUCGGCUCAAUUUCCUCCCUUUGAGAAUGAGCCCAAAGACUCCUACGGGAAGGGCAAUGACCAAGACAAAUCCAUUGUGCUACAGACAAAUCUCAUGUACAUCUACUAUCACACUGCAUCUAUUGCUCUCUGUCACUAUAAGAUACUUCGGCAGUCUCUCACAUCCGAUUCCGUUGGUGGAGAUACAUCAAGACCUGGGCGAAGUCUGAAACUCCAGCAGAGCUCGUUCGAGUUGCAAGAUGCUGCUCAGAAGAUCACAAAAUGCUAUGAGGAGCUUACCCGCCGUCGCUUGGCCCGCUGGCUCCCGAUAUCAGCCGUUGCGUGUAUGGCUACACCAUUGGCACUUCAUACCAUCACAGCAAGGCUCAGUAACGGGUUGGUAGGAGCGGAUUCAACUCCAGCAUCAAAUCAGGAUCGACUGAAAGUAUUAGUUGAGACCAUGAAUGUUUUCUUUCCUCAGUACUAUGGUGUGGAGUGGAUUAGACAAACAGCGAGACACGUUGCCAAUUUGGCACAGAUUGACAGCCAAUGUCUACUCCAGGCCAGCGGGAAUUCCUUGACAGACUGGAGUCAGAUUCUGAGAAGUCAGCCGAAUAUGUACCUGAGAAUGAUCUGGACAGUUGAUGUUUGCAUCAGCAAGGGCAGACAGCCGGAAGAAUUCGACUUCCCAGCAUGGCUACGCUGCUUGUUGAAGAGGAGCAAAGGAUCAAGAACCAGGCCACGUCGACUUUCAUAUACGACUGAUCAAACAACUAACCAAACGGGUCUCAUCGACGACGACCUGUUGGCUUUUGUUACGGAUCCCAAGCUCUCUGCUGCCGAUGGGGACAUCUUUGGUGAACCAUUACUAGAAAUGUUUGAUCCGCAGAAACUCGGGAUAUCCUACGACCAACAGAGUCGAAAUGGCCUAGCUGUUGAUGGUGGUUCGUCUCAGGGGUGUGUGGAUAGAAUGGAUUGGGACUUAGUUGAAGCUAUGCAUGAUGCGACAGAGAACAUGCUGGAUCGGCUGGGCGCAGACUUCAUGGCUUGAGGUUGCCUAGCGGCAGAACAGUCAAGAUUUGAAUGCUGUAUUACAUAAUGCCACGACUGGCUCAAGUACUGUAAUAUGAUAGAAAUAAUAAAACAGCAAUCUUUAUGAUACA